AAGAACUUGGCUUAGCUUUUUUCUACACGCCGAAAACAUUUUCUCACUAACCAAACACCGUCUGAAACAGAUACAGUUUUUCUCUUCUCUUUUUUCUUUUCUGGGAUUUGUUGGGGUUUGAAAUUCGACCCAAACUCUAUGAAUCAAUCAAUUCAGAAUCCUUCUUCUUCCGCCACAUUCCCUCCUCCAUGCCUCUCCUCUGCUUCUCGCAUCCCCAAAUCUUCACUGCUAUUCCCACGGGCAAUUUCUACCUCUCAAAGGAUAUGUCGUUGCAUUGGGGUCCAAAUGGACGCUUGUGUCAAUUCCAAUCUUCCAAAAAAUUCUGUAGUUGCCAAAUAUUCCUCAGGAUGGUCUGAUAUACAAUCUUCAAACUUAAAGCAAUCACUCAACAAGUAUUCCUUGCCACUGAGAGCAUUAUUGACAUCUAAAACUCAAGAUGUAUCCUCUAAACCUCUUGUUGGUGAUGAAAAGAUUGGAGUGUUGUUGCUGAACCUGGGAGGUCCAGAGACUCUUGAAGAUGUGCAGCCUUUCUUGUUUAAUCUUUUUGCUGAUCCGGAUAUUAUUAGACUACCAAGACUGUUCCGGUUUCUUCAGAAACCCUUGGCACAAUUCAUAUCUGUUUUAAGAGCACCCAAGAGCAAGGAAGGCUAUGCCUCGAUUGGUGGUGGUUCUCCUCUUCGUCGGAUAACUGACGCACAGGCUGAAGAGUUGAAGAAGAGCCUUUGUGAGAAGAAUGUCCCAGCAGAAGUAUACGUUGGUAUGCGUUAUUGGCAUCCAUUCACUGAAGAAGCUAUUGAACAGAUAAAAAGAGAUGGAAUUACAAAGCUUGUUGUGCUUCCUCUUUAUCCACAAUUCUCGAUAUCAACUAGUGGUUCAAGCCUCCGACUAUUGGAGAGUAUAUUUCGGGAGGACGAAUAUUUAGUUAACAUGCAGCACACUGUAAUACCUUCCUGGUACCAGCGUGAAGGUUACAUAAAGGCCAUGACUGAUUUGAUUGAAAAGGAGUUAGAAAAAUUUGACAACCCUGAGAAGGUGGUCAUAUUUUUUAGUGCUCAUGGGGUGCCUCUUGCAUACGUUGAAGAAGCUGGUGAUCCCUACAAGGCUGAGAUGGAGGAAUGUGUAGAUUUGAUAAUUGAAGAAUUGGAAAAGAGAAAGAUAAAUAACGCAUAUACACUUGCUUACCAGAGUAGAGUUGGACCUGUUGAAUGGUUGAAACCCUAUACAGAUGAGACAAUCAUUGAUCUUGGGAAGAAAGGAGUAAAAAAUCUUCUUGCUGUGCCUAUUAGUUUUGUAAGUGAGCAUAUUGAAACUCUUGAAGAAAUUGAUGUUGAGUACAAAGAGUUAGCUCUAAAAUCUGGUAUAGAGAAAUGGGGACGUGUUCCUGCACUAGGAUGUGAACCCACUUUCAUUUCAGAUUUAGCAGAUGCUGUGAUCGAAAGUCUCCCAUAUGUAGGAGCAAUGGCAGUUUCAAAUCUUGAAGCUCGACAAUCUCUUGUUCCACUGGGCAGUGUGGAAGAGCUAUUGGCAGUGUAUGAUUCACAGCGCAGGGAGCUACCAGCACCUGUGACGGUUUGGCAAUGGGGUUGGACAAAAAGUGCUGAAACAUGGAAUGGAAGAGCAGCUAUGCUGGCUGUGCUCGUCUUAUUGGUACUAGAAGUGACCACUGGAGAGGGGUUUCUGCACCAGUGGGGCAUAUUGCCCUUGUUUCGUUGAAUGAGUUACCGAAUUUUCCACACAAACAUAUUAAUGAGAUGUAAAUUUCUAUCCUUUUCCUAGUUUCUUUUCAUAAUAAGAUGUUUUCACUCACACAACUAGCAAUUUCCUGUACAUCUGUAGAAGGAGAUAUCGAAGCAUACGACCAUACUCACAUGGGCUGAGUUGGUGUUUGUUUGGAAAGAAAAUAUAUUUAUUAUAUGUAUUUUACGAGUCUCUGGUUGGAUAUGAUCUUUACUCAUCCAAUGUAAGGACAAAAGACAUUAGUUCCAUCUUAAACCUAUCGUUUCUUCAA